AUAAAAUAACCCAAGUUACUUAUCUUGCCACAUUGCCAAUGUAACCACCUUGCCAGGAGCCGCUUCACUAACGAGCUGACCAAGCUGACUGUCGACUUGUAAACGGGAAACGCCUGGAAAAGCUGCCAAGCUAAGACAGGAUGUUGCGACUUCGUUGUAAGACCAAAAAUGGGAGCCACAUAAUGCAAGGCUUGACUCAUCAGUCCUGUGUGCAAGAACUGAAGAACAAGGUGGAGGAGUUAACUGGUAUCCCCUGUGAUGUGCAGAAAAUUAUGGUUGGUUAUCCACCCUCCAGCCUUGAUCUUCGAAAUGGAGAUGCUCACCUCAAGGACUAUCCCAUCAAAUCAGGGGACACGCUCAUCGUUGAGGAAGAAAAAAACAAACCAAAGCCUCAGGAUCAUUCCACUGUGACGAAGGCACCAUGCCUGGAAGCCUCUCCAGUGCUGACACGUCGGGUAGUUCCGGCCGACAACUCCUGCCUCUUCACCAGUGUGUCCUACGUAGUGGAGGGCGGUGUGUAUGACCCAGCUUGUGCUCCUGAGAUGCGAGGCCUCAUCGCCCAGAUUGUGUCAAGCGACCCCACAGCGUACUGCGAAGCAGUGCUGGGGAAGACCAAUGAGGAGUACUGCACUUGGAUAAGACGUGACGACACAUGGGGAGGAGCCAUCGAGGUGUCCAUCCUGUCCAAGUUUUACCAGUGUGAGAUCUGCGUGGUGGACACACAAACGGUGCGAGUGGACCGCUUUGGGGAGGACGCCGGCUACCACAAACGUGUGCUGCUCAUCUAUGAUGGCAUCCAUUAUGACCCACUGCAGAAAGAAACGCCCGGCUCCGACACCCCGCCCCAGACUAUCUUCUCCACCACAGACGACGUGAUCCUGGCCCAGGCCCUCGAGUUGGCAGACGAGGCGCGGCGCAAGCGGCAGUUCACAGACGUUAACCGCUUUGCAUUACGUUGCAUGGUGUGCCAGAUGGGCCUGGUUGGACAAAAGGAAGCUCGUGAGCAUGCCAAGGAGACAGGCCACACCAAUUUCGGUGAAGUGUGAAGAGUCCUUUGUCUUUUUCUCCUUCUCACGACUACAACCACAACCAACCACGUGCCCCCAAGUCUGGCAACUCCUUGUUGGUCUGUCUGCCUGUCUGUCUGCUUGUGUGAUCCUCUACCUCACAUCAUCCAGCGACAUCUAGGGAGACUCUGCAGACACAGUGUUCAGCCUCUUACCUGUCCAGUAUUACUCUAAACUGCUGUUAGUUCUCAACUUAAAAAAGGAAAAAAGCUACUGCAAUGCCCCAGCAUCUUUAAACCAUCAUUUUAGUCUGUCUGGAAUUGGUUGCAGCCCUGUUGAACAGAUCUGGGUCAUGUAAUAUUUGCUAAUAAUUCCUAAGAUUUGUUUUAAUCUGCUUGUGGUACCAGAUUGAUGGGGUUUACUGCAUCAGGACAAAUCAGCUAGUGACUGGUUUGCUGCCAACCACAGCAAAGUGUUCCAAGCUGACUUUGAACUACUUGCCUGUGAUUGUCUAAGCUUUUUUUCACACACUGUUUUGUCAUAUGUGGCAACCUCCCCAGUCUAGUCUCCAACCUUUUCUAGCUCUCCAAGGAGGUUAAAACAAGCACUAAGAAUUAUACACUGUUUAAUGUAACCCUAUUCACUGUUGUCUUAAGCUCAGCACUCCAAGUCGACUGUUAUUCAUCCCGUUAGUUAUGUAGCAUGUAUUUAUUCCACUUCUCAAUUGAUGGAUCUCAGAAUCUCUUCUGUUAGUCAAAACUGAUGCUUUGGUUAACUUGUGCUGAAGUCCAGAUUGGUAAGCACACUUGGGCUGUUUCUAUGCUAAUGUAGGCUAGUCUCUAUAGAAAUGUGCUUCUUCUGCAAUUUGUAUUUCUUGUGACAGCCAUUUGAUUUCACACAACAAAUGAGGCCAUUUAGAUUGUGGUAUGAGAUCUACUGAAGUCUGUAUUUGAAUUUACAGUGUCAUAAUACAGUUGCUCAUCUGGAAGCCUGAUUAUGUAAGUUGGACUUUGUGUGUGUGUGUGUGUGUGUGUGUGUGUGUGUGUGUGUGUGUGUGUGUGUGUGUGUGCGCGCGCACGUGUGCACACAGCAGGAAUAUGGCUUAGUAGUAGUAUUAUUUUAAGGUUAAUGGAAAUGAACAAAAAAUAAUGGUGCUGAAAACAAAACAUUUAUAAAAUUUGUAGCUUUUUCUCUUUUUUUUUCUUUCAUCAGUAUGACAGUAUUACAGGAGUGUGUGUGUGUGUUUUUUUUUUAAUCUAACGUGUGAUUUUCAAAUGCAAUGCUGUAAGAAAUGAUGUUUUGAUUUGAAAAAUUCAGUUUCUGUUUUGUUACAUUUUGCGCCAUAAUUUUGACAACACACCAGGCGUGUUGAGUAGUGACGGAGCAAUCUAUUUCAGGACACAAAUCGCAGUGAGACGGUAAGGCAUUUUGGCUAGAGAGCUGAAUAGACUGAGUGAGAGAAUGUACUCAGUGCUGUAUGGAACGAAUCCUGUUCACUCAGUGUAUUCACUUUUCAGGUACUGUCCCCCAUUAUGUGCUUUGCUUAUCAACAUUCAGUUUUCACCUUUUGUCAAAUGGUUUUCAUUUUCUCUCACAUUUGCAGCUCAAUGCUAACUGUAGAUGUGCUUUUAAAGAAUUGUGAGCACAUGUAAAUUGGUUUAGUAAGUGGUGCAUGUUUUCAGAAGAAAACUGACACUCUUGUAUUGAACACCAUUUCCCACUGUUAGGGCACAUCCUCACAUUUCAUCUGAAACCAAGUGUCCUCUCAUCGCUUAGUCCUUUGAUAUGCACUGCCUGUGAGGCUUGAGCAUGCACUUGUUCCAUUAUGUUAGACUUGGGCUCAGAGACAGUCAACUGGUGGAGGCCCUGCAGAUGUUUUGUCAAGCCUUUGACUCAGUUUGUGUACGAUCACCUUGCUCUGGUGUCAGAUGCAGUAUGACAGGCUCAUAAUUAUUGGGCCAUAAAUAUUCAGACCACACUGAGCCAUCAUACAUGAAUUUAGAAAAUAGUGCAAAACAAGUAUAUUAUUUUUCAGCUUUGUCAAUCUUUAGAACUUGUGUGCACUGGCAAUAUUGGCGUUCAGUUGUUGCCAAAAAGUCUUGUAUAAUAUACAGUUUGGUGGAGGAGGCGCUCAGGGUUUGCUGUCAGAUUUUCUCUUUGAUCCAGAGGAGAGAGGAGAUAUGGAAUUGAGGAAAGACAAAGCAAAAAUGGUCAAAUUCUUAUUUUUUGGAUGUGAAGUGCUGACAGAUGCUUUUCCUCUCGUGUUUACUGAAAAAGUUAAUUUUGACAUUGAUUAUGCAUUAAUCAGCUUGCAUACAAGUGAAACUAUGAAACUUUUAAUUAUGGCUUUGUCGUAUUUUGUAUUGCCCUCUAUAUUUGCUGUGUCAGUCAUUUCUGACACCUGUGGUAUAUACAGUACAUGGUCAGAUCUGGGUCCUGUGGGUGGCGUGACUCCUGCAGACAGGUUUUUACUCUUAAGUUCUCAAGAAUUUCCAUGGACACUAACAAUGAAUGUUGCACACAAAGCACUACAGAAUAACUGGAUUUACUUGAUUUUUUUUUCCAAUGUGUCAAUAAAAAGUUAUAACCCAUGA